CAGUUUUUAGUGAUUCUUCAUAUAUAUUUUCUUGCACUAAAAUGAAGAAAACGGGUAAUGAUUUGUUGCCAUUCAUUGCAAUGGUGAUUGUACAACUAGGCUAUGCUGGGUCAAAUGUUGUGACAAAACUAGUCAUGGAUACUGGUAUGGACCCUUUCGUCCAGACAGCAUACAGACCCAUAUUUGCCACCAUUUCAAUUGCGCCCUUUGCUUACUUCUUGGAAAGGAAAACAAGACCAAGGUUGACACUAUCUGUACUUUUUCAAAUUUUCUUGUGUUCCAUCGUUGGAAUAACUGCAAACCAAUAUACAUUUUGUAUUGGGUUAAAAUAUACCACUCCGACUAUUGUUUGCGCCCUCGAUAAUCUUAUCCCAGCAUUCACUUUUCUCCUAGCCGUCCUAUUCGGGCUUGAAAAAUUGGGACUGAGAAGUAUGGCAGGACAAGCCAAGUUGAUUGGAACUAUAGUGUGUGUUGGAGGGGCUAUGUUAUUGUCAUUUUAUCGUGGACCUGUAGUGAUUGGCCAAUUGGGAUUUCACUGGAAAUUUGCUGAAAGCAGUACUGACGACAAGGAUAUUAAUUCUACACAUACCAAUUUCCUUUUGGGACCCUUUAUACUCAUAAUCAGCAGUGUUACCUAUGCAUUAUGGUUAAUCAUACAAGCAAGAGUGAACGACAAGUAUGCAGCUCCAUACUCUAGCACCCUUUUGAUGUUCUUCAUGGCAAGUUUCCAGUGCAUGAUCAUCAGCUUUUGUGUCGUACCAAAAGCUUCUGAAUGGGCUUUAACUCCCAUAAGAGCUAUCUCUGUUGUUUAUAAUGGAACUGUGUGCUCUUCACUGGCAUUAUACCUGUGCUCCUGGUGUAUAGAAAGGAAAGGUCCUUUAUAUGUCUCGAUGUUCAAUCCUUUGUUGCUUGUCAUUGCUGCAUUUCUUAGUUGGAUUCUGCUUCGCGAAAAAUUAUACGUUGGAAUAGUGGUGGGGUCAAUCUUGACAGUUGCUGGACUCUAUGGUUUUCUUUGGGGGCAGAAAAAAGAGAUGAAGCAAAGUAAAAAUGGCGUAGAGGAAGAGGACAUGGUGGAGGCUAAUAAAGAGGACAACAAGGCUGACUUGGAAUUGCAAUUAGUUGAUAAUUCAGACUUGGAUGGUAUUCCCAUAAAUGUCCAAAGAGAACUUUGUGGGACAAAUAGGAAUUCCCACAACUAGCCUUAAUUAAUAUAUAUACAUGAAAAUAUUGUAUGUAUUAUGAAUAAAGCGAUAAACCAAAUUAAGAAGAGGGAAGAGAGAGCAAGUAAGUAAUCUAUAUGUUUUCUUCUCUCUUUUUUUUUAUAUAUUUUGGUUAUAACAUUGACUAUUUAUAGGCCUAAAGGAAGAACAAUUUGUAGAGGAAACACAUAA